AUGGCUGACGCGCCAAACCCAAAUGACGAGCUUUACCCCAUCGCCGUCCUCAUCGAUGAGCUCAAGCAUGACGACGUUCUCCUCCGCCUCAAUGCCAUCCACCGUCUCUCCACCAUCGCUCUAGCUCUCGGUCCCGAGCGCACUCGCGAGGAGCUGGUUCCUUUUCUCGAUGAAUCGGUCGAGGAUGAGGACGAAGUACUGGUCGCUCUGAGCGAGGAGCUUGGUAGCUUCACCGAAUACGUCGGUGGUCCCCAGUGGGCUCAUGUUAUUCUCUCUCCUCUUGAGAACCUCGCAGCUAUCGAAGAGCCGGUCGUGCGCGACAAGGCUGUCGAGUCUCUCAACAAGAUCUGCGAGGGUCUCAACCCUCAGCAAGUCGAAGAAUAUUUUAUUCCCCUCACCAUCCGUCUCGCCAAGGCCGACUGGUUUACAUCCAAGGUGUCGGGCUGCGGUCUCUUCACAGCUCCCUACAAGAAGGUCACACCCCCGGUACAGGAACAGCUUCGCAACCAGUUUGGUCUGCUAGUACACGAUGAGACUCCCAUGGUUCGCCGUCAGGCCGCGACCAACAUGGCCAAGUUUGUCAGGGAGAUGCCUGCUUCCAUCGUUGUCGAUGAUAUGAUACCCCUCUUCCAGCAUCUCGUCCAGGACGAUCAGGACAGCGUCAGGCUUCUAACUGUCGAGAUUCUCAUCGCCAUUGCCGAAGUUGUUCCCGCCAAGCAACAAUCAAGCCACGGCGUUCUUCUCACAUCGCUGCGAAAUCUGAUAGAAGAUAAAAGCUGGCGCGUGAGAUAUAUGAUCGCAGACAGAUUUGAGAAGAUUGCCAAGGCCGUCGAUGAGGAGGUUGUUUCGCGCGAUUUGGUUCCGGCUUUCGUCAAGCUGCUCAAGGAUAACGAGGCCGAGGUCCGCACUGCCAUCGCUGGCCAGAUUCCCGGAUUCUGCGCUCUGGUUGACCACGACGUCCUUCUCAAAGAUAUUAUGCCAAGUGUUGAGGACCUCGUGUCUGACACUUCGCAGCAUGUUCGCGCUGCUCUGGGAACUCAAAUUAGCGGCUUGGCCCCCAUUCUGGGCAAGCAAGAGACUAUUGAUCACUUGCUGCCCAUGUUCCUUCUCAUGCUCAAGGAUGAGUUCCCCGAGGUUAGACUCCACAUCAUCUCCAAGCUGGAGCAGGUUAAUCAAGUUAUUGGCAUCGACCUGCUUUCACAGUCUCUGCUUCCUGCCAUUGUGCAGCUUGCCGAGGACAAGCAGUGGAGAGUCCGCCUCGCCAUUAUCGAGUACAUUCCACUUCUUGCCAGCCAAUUGGGUGUCAACUUCUUCAACGAGAAGCUCAGCAACCUCUGCAUGGACUGGCUUGGCGACACUGUCUUUUCCAUUCGUGAGGCCGCUACACAUAAUCUAAAGAAGCUCACCGAAGUAUUCGGCGUUGAGUGGGCCAGCGAGGCCAUCAUUCCCAAGGUCGUCGACAUGGGCCAGCACAGCAACUAUUUGUAUAGAAUGACGACGUGCUUUGCCAUUUCGACUCUUGCCAGCGUUGUGAGCCUUGACGUCAUUGAGCAAUCUAUCCUGCCUAUUCUGGACAACAUGGUAGAGGACGACAUCCCCAACAUCCGCUUCAACGUCGCGAAGACAUACUCUGUUAUUAUCGGAGUGUUGCGCCGUCUGCCCGAGAAGGGCACCAUCUAUUCGCUGGAGAAGGAGGGUGCUGAGAUGGUUCCGUCGUCCAGAGGCCAGGAGCUGAUUCAGGAGCGGGUGCUGCCCAACCUCGGCAAGCUGCAAAAGGACAACGACGUGGACGUGCGGUACUUUGCGACGACAGCCGCCGGCGAGGCGACAGCCUCGGGUGGUGAGCCUAUGAAUACAUCACCUUAG